UAUUAAUCCCAGGUGGGCACAGUUCGUGUACUGGAUUUGGAAAAGUGCUGAAUCCCCAUAUUUUCAGUUCAAUCUGCUGGUAUAACUCCUCAUUUGAGUGAAAGAUGAGAUAAGAAUGUGGAUUCAAAACCUUUCAAGGGUUUCAUUUCAAACCCUGUCGAAGGCAAAUUAUUUCAGGUCUUCGUUUGAAUAUCGGUUCCCGUACCAGUGGAGCAGAUUAUUUAGCAGCUCUGCGUCGGCGGCAGGUCUAGUGAUGGCGAAUGUGACGAGAGGCAACUUCAAGGUUGCUCUCGAGGGCCUUCGCGGUCUUAUUAGAGAUGCAGAUUUUAUUGCCAUUGAUUUGGAGAUGAGCGGCCUUACCAGCGCACCAUGGCGCGAUAGUUUUGAAUUCGACACGUUAGAAGUUCGAUACUCGAAACUCGCCGAUUCCGCCCGCAACUUCGCUGUCCUGCAGUUUGGAGUUUGCCCUUUCCGCUGGGACUCUACCUCCGCUCAUUUUUUCGCUCACCCGCACAAUUUCUACAUCUUUCCUCGCAAUGAACUUCCAGCCAAUAUUCCACCAUUUGAUUUUCUCUGCCAGACAACAUCUAUUGAGUUCCUGGCUAAGCAUAACUUUGAUUUUAAUGUUUGCAUUUAUGAAGGAAUAUCAUAUUUAUCAAAACAGCAAGAAGCUGAAGUUAGACAUAAACUGGGCUUGACAGAUGUGGAUGAAAACAAGAAAGGCAAUUCUGAAAUAAGCAUAAAUCAAUUAAAAGAGAUACCUUUGAUUAGUAUUGCCGAUGUUCUCUUUUCUGAAAGGAUGAAGAUUAAAUUUGGUCAGUGGCGUGAUACUCUGCUAAGAGACCAAAAUAGUGGAGAUUGUGCUACAGUUGGUGGAAAUGUUGAAUUUCAUGAGCAAGGAUGUGAAUCUGAGACCAGCUUUUACAAGAGACGCCCUUCCCUUCUGCUGAAUGGAUUAAAUUCUCACCAAAGCAUAUUAGUCAAGCAG